ACUCGACAAAACAUCAAUCAUCGCCAGCUUUUUCCUAGCUUCGCACGGCCACUGUUUUGUCUUUGCUGCAGAAAAACAUCAAUUUUUUGGAAUUUGGAGCAAGUGCCCGUGCUCCUGUCCUGGUGUACAAGUUUAAGUUCGUGCCCCUUGCAGUGAAUAGCCCUUCAGUUUGUUCAGUAAUGUCCAACUUCCCGUAAAACGCAGCAGCUUCGCGUAGUGCAGUAGUAGCAGCGAGACCACAGCAGCAUCCAACGACAACAGCAGGAAAACAUCCGACCAUCGGUGUUGCAAGGAACGGUGUGUCCCAGAUCCCGAAUGCUGGUUGCUAGUGAAAAACUCCAAUUCCACCCUUUGUUUCGUGUGAUGAAGAAGCGCUCGAGCCUGAUGUGGUAUCGCUAGAGCGCCAAAGUGCAUUGUGCAACGCGGUAGAUUUCCUUGGAUCCAGUUCCUCCUCCCCCCAAGAAGGAAAGCUGAAACUCUACCAGGAAAGCGUACGAGCGCUCGCUCCCACCCGAUGCUGGGCAAGUAUGGCGAGGCGAGUUCCGGCUCGAUGAAAAACCUGGAAAAUGGACUGCGCGACCGGGUGCUUUACCAUCAGAAUAUGCUGAGCAUGAACCUGACAACCGAGUUUUACCACACUCCAUUCCUUACGGCCGGCAGUGGUAGCAACGUUGAAACAGCUGCAAUCGUAGUAGGCGCUCCCGCGCUGGCACAGUCGCAAAAGAUGCUCAACAGUCUCGCAUCCCCCUCUGGAUUAGCCUCCUCCUCCUCUUCCAGCACCUCGCAACAGCACGCCACUAAUGGGGCAGCGCCGUCACAGACAGUCCCAAACAGUGUGUCCGCAGCGCAGCAGUAUCAGUGUCAACUCUGCCAGAAGUGUUUCAUCUCGAGCGCGUUACUGGUGCAGCAUAUGAAAACGCACGACAAUAAUGGGUUUAUUGCGGGGCGUGAGACCGCCGGCAGCUACGGCCAACAGCAGCAGCAGCAGCAGCAGCAAUCGGUAUCGUCGGCCUCUUCCCCCGUGACGGCAGUGGCAUCGAGCAGCAAAACUAGUCCGCCAGUCGCAACGCAGCACAUCAUCAAGAGCGAGUACAUCGGUGGAACCGUAACGAACCAGUAUGCGUACGGUAUGGCCAAGCAGUUCGAGUGUCACAUCUGCCACAAGUCCUUCAUGACGAUGGUGAACCUGAACCUGCACAUGAAGAUACACGAAAGUGCAAUAAAGCCGCUCGCAGCGACUCACAUGUACGCGGGCCAGGCAGGCCUUGCCGGCAACUUGAUUGCUGGAUCGACCGCGGGCUACCAUCACGGCGGGCAGCAUCACAGUCAUCUGUCGCAGCAUCUCGCGGUUCAAAGCGCCAGCAGCAGUGCGGACGGGUUGUGCCAGAUAUGCCACAAAACGUUCAGCACGGCCGACCAGUUUGCGGCGCACAUGAAGAUCCACGAGAAUGAGUUUAAAAAUCGAGCGCUAUAUCAUUCCGGUAGUGCGAACGAUGGUGGCGAGGGAGCGCCAGCACCCACCAGUAAUGGGGCUGGUGUCGGAGACCAUUUCUACACCGCGUCACAGCCGCCACACCACCAUCUGGGUCAUGCACCGCCGCAUCUCGAUGCUAGCAAGGGCCAUCGCUGCCCAAUCUGUCACAAAAUGUCCAACAACAUCAUCGAGCACAUUAAACAGCACGAGGGUCAGCUGCAGGGCACGUCCGAUGGGUCGGGUGCGGGGUAUCAUCCUAUGAACGAUGAUUCCCAAUCGUCGCUGGAAGAAGACAGCGACGGUGGCGGUGGUGGUGGCGCUGGCGGGGACGAGAGCCUGCGAAAGCACGAGUGCUUGAUAUGCCACAAAAAGUUCUCCAGCUCGGGCAACCUGGCGAUACACAUACGGGUGCAUUCGGGCGAAAAGCCGUUCCGGUGCAGCGUGUGCGGCAAGGGCUUCAUCCAGUCGAACAAUCUGGCGACGCACAUGAAGACGCACACGGGUGAAAAGCCGUACGCGUGCACCAUCUGCGGCAAGAACUUUAGCCAGUCGAACAACCUGAAGACGCACAUCCGGACGCACACGGGCGAAAAGCCGUACGCGUGUACAAUCUGCGGCAAGCGCUUCAACCAGAAGAACAACCUGACCACGCACAUGCGCACACACCAGCUGGUGUGCAUGGUGUGCGGGGUGCAGUUCAUGCAUCCGAUCGAUCUGGCGACCCACAUGAAGUUCCACAACGACGAAAAACCCUACAUCUGCUCGGUGUGCAACAAGGUCUACCUGAACCUGGACGAGCUGACCGAGCACAUGAAGAAGACGCACAACCAGGUAAAGCCGUAUCGGUGCCACAUCUGCGACAAAACCUUUACCCAAUCCAACAACCUGAAGACCCACAUCAAGACGCACAUCUUUCAGGAUCCGUACAAGUGUCAGGUGUGUUCGCGCUCCUUCCAGAAGGAGGAUGACUUCUCGCAGCACAUGCUGGUCCACACGGCCGACAAGCCGUACGAGUGUACGUACUGCGGCAAGCGGUUCAUCCAGUCGAACAACCUGAAAACGCACGUGCGCACGCACACGGGCGAAAAGCCGUACCGGUGCACGAUCUGCGCGAAGCACUUUAACCAGAAGAACAAUCUCAACACGCACAUGCGCAUCCACACGGGGGAGAAACCGUUCGAGUGUACCAUCUGCGACAAGCGCUUUAAUCAGUCGAACAAUUUGAACAAACACAUUAAAACACACGGCCAGGAGAAGGAUCAGCAGCAGCAGCAGUCCCAGCAGCAGCAGCAGCAGCAGAACCAACAACAACAACAGCAAGUCCAGCAACAACAGCAGCAGCAGCAGCAACAUGCGAGUUGACGUGAAUUGGCAGCUUAAGACGGUUUUGCACUGUGUUUAAAUCAUACAUCACCACUCCUCCCGUCCGUGUGACUCAUUCUCUCUGGAGGGCGGGCAUUAUGUCUGUAUGUAAGGCGCAACGGUUGUGCCAAUAGUGUGCCAUAAGAUACGGACAGGAACAAACCCAGCAUGCUGUGCCGUCCCUCGUAGAAAGGGGGUAGCUAACCUCGCUUGCCCCUGUGUUUUAGUGACAGUAACGAGACCGGCCAUAUCGUGAGCCCCAUGCUACUACUCCUAACUGCUCUCCCUACUCGCGAUGUUGACCAUCCCUCAUCCUCUUGUGUUUGUCCGUUUUGUUCCUCCGUCAUCGUCAUCGUCGUCGUCCUUGUGUAUUGUAUGUUGGUUCUAUUGUGUAUCCUAUUUUGAUGAAUGGUUUUUCUUCGGUUUUGUUUUAAAUGCAGCUAUAACGUGUUAUAUUUUACAUUGUUUAAACAGUUAUCCGUCUGUGGGUUUACAUUAUUUCACGUACGCACACAGCAGCGUAUGCGCAACAGUAGCGUGACCGUGUGAACGCGUAGGGAAAUGUAAAAAAAAAUAAAACUAACUCCACAAACACA